GGCGGCUGGUGGCGGCGCGCGCCCCGCUGCAUGGAGACCAUGCCCUGCCACAACCGGCCGUUGGGCGCGGCGGGCGGCCCGCGGCAGCAGGAGGACCAGCCGGCGGCCGGGGGCGGCUGUGGUAGCACCCGGCUGAUUCGCUUCGCGGAGCCCGGCCCCGAUAGCAGCCCCAGCCCGGACAGCGGCCGCAAUGGGGUCCCACCCCAGGAGCCCGGGCCGCAGCCGCUGCCCAUCGGAGCCCAGCUCAAGCUGCUGCCCAUGAACGACCAGAUCCGCGAGCUGCAGACCAUCAUCAGGGACAAGACAGCCAGUAGAGGGGACUUCGUAUUUUCUGCUGAUCGUCUGAUCAGACUUGUGGUUGAAGAGGGAUUAAAUCAGCUACCAUAUACAGAAUGCACAGUGACCACUCCAACAGGCUACAAGUACGAAGGAGUGAAAUUUGAGAAGGGAAACUGUGGAGUCAGCAUCAUGAGAAGUGGAGAGGCAAUGGAACAAGGCUUACGGGAUUGCUGCAGAUCCAUCCGAAUAGGAAAAAUCCUGAUACAGAGCGACGAAGAGACUCAGAGAGCCAAAGUGUACUAUGCCAAGUUUCCACCAGACAUUUACAGGAGAAAAGUUCUUCUCAUGUACCCAAUACUGAGCACUGGCAAUACUGUCAUUGAAGCUGUAAAAGUUCUUAUAGAACAUGGCGUUCAACCAAGUGUCAUUAUCCUACUAAGCCUAUUCUCCACACCUCAUGGUGCCAAAUCUAUCAUCCAGGAGUUCCCAGAGAUCACAAUUUUAACUACAGAAGUUCAUCCUGUUGCACCAACACACUUUGGACAGAAGUAUUUUGGAACGGACUGAGACACUUAACACAAAUUGGUUAUGUCAAUAUGUUGCUGUAUGAUAUUACAAUGGCGUUUUUUCUACGUUUUAUUAUUUGUAGCAGGGCUGGCUGCAGGCAUAUUUAAAAUCUUUUUUAGCCAGAGGGGAAAAAUACUUUACCUAUAUUCAUUUUUGGUUACUUUCUGAAAAUUGAAUCAGAUGCAAUAAUAAAGCACAUUCAAUUAUUAUAAACUAAAGGCCCUUUAAUGUGCUUUUGGAAAUUGCUACCCACUCAGUGCUUUAACUUAUUUAUUCUUUCAUAACCCUGUUCUGUAGCUGUUUGCAAGAGCAAAAUAAAACGAUGCUGUAAAGCAUUCAAUGUACAUUUCAUUUGAUGUUGGUAUAGUUUGCAAUGUGCUGGUGUAGUCAUUACAGCUUAGUUUAAUAAUUCAAAAAUCAUGAAGGAACUUGGAACUCUGCAUAGACAUUAGCACCAGAGGUAGAUUUCUGGCCCUUGGCUGGUGCUCACAGCCAUGGAUUUCAACCCUUUUUAGGUCACUGUGUUCUCUAUGGACUAAUUCCACAUAGUAAAACAUAUUGUAGGUGCCUCAUGAAGCUCUGUAGUACUAAAAAAUAAAGAAACCUUCCACCAUAACCCACUUGCCACUGUAGUGAAAAUGCUCAAGUGGCUACUGCUCAAGAUGGCAACAGUACAGUCUUCAAAAAAAUCUCUACAGAAAAUACUUAGCAGUUGUGCCUUAUUAAAAUCCCUGGGUGUUAAGCUACAUACAUGUUGUAAUUAGCCAUUUUAAAGAUAAGUAAACUGUCAGAUGAAGUGAUGCCUGGUUUCUAGCCCUGUCUACCAGCCAGCAUUCCUAGGAAAGGGAUUUAUAUUGGUAGCUAUCUUUCAUUUUAUGUCUAGUAAUUAGGUCUAAAUGCUUCUUAAACCCAUGCUAAAACUCGGAAAGAGUUUAAAUGUAGUUCUAGCUUUCUGGUAUAUAAUUUUUACUGUAAAAUAUUUAAGUCUCUCAGCUUCAAGUUCACAACAAAAUAGGGUCUUGUC